GAUGUUGGGUAGGAAAAGUGGACCCGUGUGCAAGCCAACAUGGUCCUGAGGCUCCUUUGUGUGUUGUGUUGCAUCGUGCUGCUGCCACGAUGGUUAGAGGCGAAGUCGCUGCUCAACACCAUCAAACCUGAAGUGAAUAUAGAUGCGGCUCAGGCUAAUGGUUUUCUUUCACGCACUCGGAGGAACGCCGACCCGCGCUGGCACCGGCAGUAUCCUGACUUCCAGUCCUACUAUCGCUACUACAGUAGCAUCGGCCACACUGAGGGGCUGUAUGAGAUCGACCGGAUCCGAAUGCUGUAUCAGCAGAUGAGACACCUGGAGCAGGUAUAUGGUCCUGAUGCUGCCAACUUCCAGAACAAGCUUGGCGUUCCAAUGCUGGCCAGGUGUGACCCGUCCAAAGACAAACACUGCAAACUGCCCCUUCCUCCCGCUUCUGUAAAAGGCCCUGCUCCUCCUCCUGUCCCUAAGCAAACCCCUGCCCCACCCCCUGCUCUAGUAAAAGGCCCCUCACCAUUGGUUCCCUCCCAGGCUGAUGUUAUUUACCUGUGUAAUGCCAAAGAUCCUCUGUGUAAGCCUCACAUUGUGUACCUGCCCUCGGGGGCGGUGCCUGUGCUCUGUGACCCCCGAUACCAUCCCAGCUGUAAGCUGGAAGGCCCACCUCCUCCUCCACCUGCCUCGGUCAAAGGCCCCGCCCCUGCCCUGCCUCCUGCACCUGUAAUCCAUAAAGGAAUGGAGUAUGAUUGUGACCCCUACUGGGACCCCGACUGUCUGAUUGACAAACCUCCCCGCCCUAUGAAGGGUAAAACUCUGCCCCUUCCACCUGUGCCUGAGCCUGAAGAGGAAGAAGAGGAGGAGGAGGAGACACCAGCGCCACCUGCACCCAUUGCUAAGAAACCCGCCUACCCAUACUACGGUUCUCCCUAUCAAUAUGAUGUCCACUCAGAGCUGUACAAUUCUGCUCGCUAUUCUUACCCUUCCCCCAACACCAAAUAAAUAAACAUGUAAUCAGGAGGUAGUUAUGCCGAGGUUAUACUUGCUUUUAAUUAUGUGUACGAAAGAAGGAUGCUGCAUGUAUUCUGUGUUCAUUCAGUGCAUCGAUAUCACACGUCCAAAAAUAAAAAAAGUAACAUAAAGGGCAAGGACAGUAUGUGAAGCAAUAUUAUGAACACCACCGAGAAAUAUACUCUUCAGUGUCUUUCCAACUUAACAUAAUAACCCAUCUAUGUUGGCCAAUGUUUCAGCCAUUUUCUCAAGAUUAAGGCAUUAAUAGACGUGGUCAUCUCAACUCCUGCCAACUUCACUGUUUACAUUGUGCAGAAGGUGUUGGUGAUGUACUGUACAUAUGUCUCAGCUUUGACCUGCCUCCUGGUGGACAAACCAUUUCAUCCUCCAGCCUGCCUAGCUUCCACGUAGUCACAUGUCAAGUAUAACCCUGACCUUGAACCUUUACGAUACAAACACAACACUAGAUCUCCUCAAUCGACACACACACAAAGUUUGCCAUCGUUUUUCAUUUUCACUAAUACUGACUCAACAUGUUUGUUUAGUGUGUAUGUUACACAUCCAUGGGAAAUUAAACCUAAUUAAAAUACA